UCUCGAUGUUUCCUGUGAAGCGUUCUUCACAUUAAGGAGCCAAACAUUCUUGCUGGAAGCAGGGCUCUCAAAAUUUCAAAAUCCCUGGUUGCCCUUCGGCGGGCACGCUUCAGUUUUUGGUAGAGAUUAUUUUUAUUGUAUAAUAUUGUAAAGCAAACAAAACAUCAAUCAAAAAAUUGUUAAAACAGAAAUUACAACAUCCAUCCAUUUGCUUCCACUUCUCCUUUUCAGGGUCGGGGGGGCGCUGGAGCCUAUCCCAGCUGUCAUAGGGCGAGAGGCGGGGUCCACCCUGGACAGGUCGCCAGUCUGUCAGGGCUAACACACAGAGACAACCAUUCUCACCUAUGGGCAAUUUAGACUAAUCAAUUAACCUAUCCCUGCAUGAAAUUACAACAACUGUAUAAAAAUUAUAACCGUCAACUCAAAUAUUUGGUUGUAAUUGAACAGAAAUUUCUAUGAACUGUGUAGAACAUGAAUCAGUCCGUCAGACUCUGAAUCUGACGUUUCCACUGAAGUCACGGAAGAGAAAAUCCCACUCGACGUUGAGGCCGUAGCAUCUCCUUCAUCAGCGUUUUCUCCGCCUCCAUUUCACUGCUCUUUGUUCUUGUCGGGGUUUUAUGAUCCAGGUGUCUUGAACCUUUUCCAGAAAACAUCCAGAAACAAAUCGACGUGUCAGAGCAAAAAGAUUCGGCUAGCUCUAAUAUGUGUCCCACAGUGGAUUGUUAUGAUGCAGGGUAUCCUGUUUCAGUCUCCCAGCUAUUCCAUCAUCACUGCAGCACCAUCAAAAUCUGCACACACUCUCUGUCCACGUGUCUUCUCUGGUGUUCGCUGCUUCAUCAAUAGCCUCUAAAAUAUCUGCAGCAUUUGCACUCCUGACUGGCUGACACUUGAUCAUGUAUGUGGACAUUACAUGCUGUGAUGUCAGCAGCGUCCUUACAACAUAACGCAGUACGUCACGUUUAAUUUCAACCAUUACAAAGAAAGUGGCUGACCAGGAGGAAGUGUGAACAGGAAGUGGUGUUCAGCAGUCUGUAGGACUUGAUCCUCUGUGAUACAUUCAUGAAUUAUCUGAGGCUGGAUUAAUUAAAAAUGAAGCACAUAUGCAGCAAUAUAUGACUGCGUCCAUGCAAUAAGAGACCAGACAAACACGGCUGUGUGUGGGUCCAUGUCUUUUUCCUCUGCCAUCAGGGUUCGAGUGCAGCUGAGGAAAAGAAGAAAGGGCCAACACAGGAGCAAUGAAGCUGUUGUGACUGCACUAUUGUGCCUCCUGGAGUCUGCACACUGGGUCCUCUUCUCCUGCUGCACACAUCCCAUGACAACCGUGAAGUUUUACUUCUGUCGAGCUCAGCAGCAGAAACCCAGCAGCCUGACGGUCUACCUGAAGAACCUGACAGCUGCUGACUUCCUGCUCUGCCUCAGCCUUCCCCUCCGUAUCACCAGCUACACCAGCAGCUCCAUCACCAUCCACCAACUCCACUGCAGCAUUGGAAUCCCUGUGCUAUACUUUAACAUGUACUCCAGCAUCCUGUUCAUGGGGUACAUUGCUGCUAACAGGUAUCUGAAGAUCAUCCAUCCAUCAGGAACUCACAUGAUGCAGACAGUACGAGCUGCAAAAAUCAUCUCCGGGGUCACCUGGGCUUGUCUCCUGGCCCCAACAAUCAGCUUCAUCACCACAUUUUUCAUCACCCAAAAGCCUCAGACCUCUGACCUCAGACGCUGUGACUCGGUCUUCAGUGCAUCUGCCAGCCUGCUCGGAAAGGUCAUCCACACCUGUUUGGGGAUCAUCUUCCUGGUGGUCCUAAUAUCCUUGAUCUUCAGACUGUGAUCAGCUGACCUGCUGCUCUUUGUGGAUUCACACAACUGAAUUCAACCAGAUGUAAACAGAUGUUUCAUGAGUU